UUACAUUAGAACGCAAAUACUCCGGUCUCCAUUUCUUGAACACAAACCCUGCACCUUUGGGUUAAUGGACAUCUCAAUAACACGAUCACAAUGGCUACCAACUACCUUAACCUUAGCCCUCACUGUUGCAGCCAUUGUUGUUUAUUGUGUACUGGGGAAGAAAUCGAAAGCCAAGGAAUCAAAAAUUCGAGAGUUGGAAAUAUCACUUAAAUCUUCUCUUGAUAAAACUGCCGCUGAACGUCAAGGUCGCAUUAGAGCUCAACAGGAUUUGAGAAAAGCAUUGCUGCAACAGAAGGCAGGUAAUUGUGGGCCAGCAUCAUAUCCCAUGAUUCCGAUCGGUACAGUCCAAUCUUGCUUCACUACAAGGAAUGGUACGCCAAGACAACCUUUGCUAGUGCCACUUGCUAGAGCUUGCUUGAUGUUUGACCCAGUCAGGGUUCCCCCUUCCUCGUUGGAAGGUCUUGAAGAGUAUUCUCAUGUUUGGAUUAUAUACAUAUUCCACUUGAAUACUGAUUUGGAUAAAUUAUGGUUGGAACCUUCAAGAUCGAAGAUCAAGGCUAAGGUGAGGGUGCCGAGACUGAAAGGUGGAAGAAAGGGAGUAUAUGCCACAAGAACCCCCCAUCGUCCCUGUCCUAUUGGUCUAACUGUUGCUAAGGUUGAGGCUGUACAAGAUAACAUGAUUUUACUUUCUGGUGUGGAUUUGGUUGACGGAACACCUGUAUUGGAUGUCAAACCAUAUCUUCCAUAUUGUGACAGUAUACCAGAAUCAAUGGUGCCAGAUUGGGUGAAGGAAGAAAAAUUGUUAACCGUGGCUUCUAUUACGUUUUCUGAGGUCUUCCACUCUGCUCUUCUUAAUUGUUGGGAAUCAGUGGGGAGAAAUAGUUUGUAUUCAUCGCCCAACGAAAUGGAGAAAUUGAUUCAGCAGGUUCUUUCAUGGGACAUACGUUCAUCAUCGCAGAGACACCGGCCUCAUGAAUCCAAUCAAAUAGUCGGAAACCUUGAAGAUGUUUCUCAGAAUGCUGAAGAUUCUGAAGUUGGUGAAGAAAUCUUCCAUCAAAUUAGUGAAAACUGUGAUUCAAGUCUUAUAACUUAUCAUCUUAAUUUGGAAGGCUUAGACAUAUCCUAUAUGAUUGACUGUAAGGGCAAUGUUAUUGUGGAUAAUGUGGUGCCAUUUUCUCAUGUUUCUAGAAGUAAUCAAAACAGAUGCAAUUACACUAUGUGGAAAGCCACAAACUUGGAUAAUUAGCUGGUCUUUAUCUUUGAUCAUUCUUCUUUUUUUUUUUUUAUUGAACU